AACUCGCUUGUCAUGUCGAAGUCGAGCAGCGUGCGCGUAGCUGAAAUGCUGAUCGAAUUGGUGGGCAACCACCCCGUCCUGUACGAUAAACGUCACCCAAAACACAAGGACAGCUUGCUGAAGGACGACUUAUGGAGGAAAAUCGGAAACGAGCUCGGAAUGACUGGAAUGCAAGCACAUGCCAAAUUCAUAAACCUGAAGGACACGUUUACAAAACACAAAAACAGGAUUAAGGGCUCCAUGAAAAGUGGUGCAGGGGCUGGAGAUGUUCACAACGUCAAAUCGGUGCAUUUCGAGGCAAUGAUGUCCUUGAUGGGUCCCAUACUCAAAGAACCAAUCAUUUCUACAAAUGUAGGAUUCAUCAAUCCCGAUCGAGCAUCAGGUGAGCGGAGUCCGGCGCCUGCAAGUAACACCAGCAGUGGCAACGCAGAGGAGGGCCAGGUCGACCACGACAGCUAUGUCACAGUCAUCUUGGAUGAACCACUAGAACAGCCUGCAUCUUCGUCCGGUGCAACACCUGCAAACACCGAGACAGACAGGUCAGACAGUGCAGAGGGCGAACAAAAUACAAGGAAGCAGACUGAGCGGCCACGCAAGGUUCCAAGAAUAGCGGCCAGUGGUGCAACGUAAGAACAAAAGCUCUGACAAUGUAACGAUCAUGUGUCUAAAGUAGGCAUUGCUUUUUUUGAGUUCAUCAAAGACACUCUCCCAUAUCGACAUUGCAAGUGAAUGCCUUCACCAACUGCGUGCCGUCAAGGCAGCACAGGAAUCAAAGGAACAGCACGACCUUCCCUAUUUUUUCGGCAUGUCAUUGGUGCAACAGCUGCACUUGUUAAACUCCCACCAGCAGGUAGAUGCUAUAACAGCACUACAAGAAGUGAUGCAAAAAAAGAUCAGUGAAGCAAGGCUAGAACUCGAAUUCGGCAAUUAGCUGUCAAUGUCAAAGGGGUUAAAGUGCAUAAAUCCCCCCCUCUCAAAACAUAAAGGGACAUAUUUGCCAUGUGCUGAUGCACUUUUCUGAACUCCUUAUGCAAAAUCCAACGACAAGCAGGCAGAUGACCAUUCCCAAUCGAUAUUAGCCUCUUUUUAGUUUUAAUAGUCAGGCAGUGUUCUUUAAAAUUGGACUUUAGCUUAAUACUUGCUUUUUUACAACACUGAUUUAUUUUUCAUGAAAGUACACAAAAACUUGGUAAAGCAAGUGAAAAGAUUUGUAUUUUAGGAAAAAGAAAAUUUCACUUUUCGAGUGGCAUCUCCCCUAGUUGAAAAACAAGGAAGGAAGGAAAAUAAGAAGAACGGCAGGGAGGUUAACCGGCCUAUAGGCAGCCGGUUUGUAACCCUGUGCAUGAGAGGGGGAUGGGGGAGAUGAAAGAUAAAGCAGAGAGGGAAGAGAGAUAAACACAGCACAUUUGCCAGCACACGCACGCACACUCAGUCAUUGUCUAGUCUUGUCAUACACUUUUCAUGCAUAUAGUUGAAAAACAAUAUGCAUGAAAAGUCUAUGUAGCAAGUGUUUUGUCGCAGCUUUGUAAGUUGAGUUGAGUCUGUUGGGCAAGUUGCUUGAUAUGUAUUGUGAAUUGUAAAGAGCAGACCUCAGGACAUACAGCAGAACACCUCUAGCUUUCAUCUUUGGUUGAGGUCAGUAUUUUCCUGUUUUGUGCUGCAACAUAAUGCACACUUUUUACAACAUCAUGGCAGUUGUGUCUACGUUUACAGAACCGUUUAAGUGUUUCAUCAUAGACAUCUCAAGGCGGAUCAGGUUGUUUCUCUGCAUGACAGUCAUGAUAACAAUAAAUGGUGCACUCACCACUGUA